AUGUGUGGUAUCCUAUUACGCGUUUCAAGCAGUUCCUUCAUCGAGGCAAAACCUAUUCCUGGUCUUACUGAAGCCAAGGAAGGUAUUUAUUUUAAAAACUGGGAGACAAAAGACCCACAAUUUAUCAAACCGUUUUUGCAAAAAGGUGCUCGUGUGAAUGAGUUAACACAACAGCAAGAGAAUAAGUUGAACAACUUGGAUGUGUUGCGUUCGUUAGUCAACCAGUUGAGCAAAGUCAAAAACAAUGUCAAGAUAUCUUCCUUGGACAAGGAGCAGCAAGUUUUGGAAAUCCAAAGUAAAAUCGAUGCAAUCGCGAAAGAGGAUGAAUUACCGAUGAGUGAUGCUGAUUUUGAUAAAUUAAUCUUUGCCAUUUCCAACAGGGGACCAAAUUAUCUAAACUAUACCCAAUUUGAACACGAAGACAGAUACGUUCAGUUAUUUACAUCGAUCUUAUCUUUACGUCAACCAUUCAUGAAGCAACCAGUCUUUCGGGAUGAGUUUAUAUUGCAAUUCAACGGUGAGUUGUAUAAUUCGGAAUGCCUUGAAACUAAUGACACUCUGUUUAUAAUGGAUAUGUUACACUCAAAUCUAGGGGAAAAUAGGUGUGAGACAAUAUUGACUACUUUGAGGCAACUUAGUGGAGAAUGGGCAAUAACUGUAAUUGAUUUGUUGGAGAGUAAGGUUUACUUUGGUCGUGACUCUAUUGGAAAGCGUUCAUUGUGCUAUAAAAGAGACAAUGGUGAAAUCAUUGUUAGUUCUAAUUCUGCCCUAGGUUUUCAAGAAUGUCGAAAUGAAAUCUACGUGUAUGAUAUGAUAAAGGAUGAUAUUGAGAUUCACAAAUUACUCGAAUUGCCUGUUGCAACGUUUGUUCCAGUCAACGAAGAAGAUGUUAGACAUGAGUUGUAUUCGAGGUUGAUGCAAGCGACGAAAAUACGACAUGAUUCUAUUCACCCAGUAGACAAUCCCAAUGAUAGUUCAUUGGCAGUAUUAUUUAGUGGUGGUUUAGACUGCACAAUUCUUGCCAGCCUUAUUUGCGAGCUAACUAAAGAUGGUAACUCCGCGAUUGAUCUUUUAACUGUUGGCUUUGAGAAUCCACGUACUGGGCAAACUCCGGAUACGAGUCCAGAUAGAAAACUAGCAAUCAAGUCUUGGUUUCACUUGUGUAAAAUGUACCCGGAUUUGAUUAUCAACUUGGUGGAGAUUAAUGUGGAUUACAGGCACUGGCUUAUACAUAGGCAACGGGUACGCGAACUAAUGUAUCCUUGCAACACAGAGAUGGACUUGUCCAUUGCUAUUGCAUUUUAUUUUGCUGCAUCAAUGUUGCCUCAAUUGACAUCAAUGACGAGAUUGACCAAUUUUGACAUUGAUUGGAACACGUUCAGCCAGAAUCAAGAUGUUUACACUCAGCGCACACCAUUGUUCACUUCAUCGGCAAAGGUAUUAUUCAGUGGAUUGGGGGCCGAUGAAUUAUUUGCUGGUUAUUCAAGACAUGAAGGAUUGUUCAAUACUAUCACAACACGAAACUAUGCUGAGUUAGCGCAAUCACUAUCAUAUGACAUUAGCAUAAUUCACGAGAGGAAUCUCGGCCGUGAUGAUAGAGUGAUGAGUUGUUGGGGGAAAGAGCUCAGAUAUCCAUAUUUAGAUGAAGACUUCAUCAAUUGGGUCAUUUCAAAUGUACCUCCACAACUCAAGUUCAAAUAUGAUAUUGGUAAGAAUAAACGUGAAAACGAUCAAAUGAUACCCACCAGGAAGUACAUAUUACGACAAUUGGCUAACCAGCUUAGAAUGCCUUGGGUUUCACAGGAAUUGAAAAGAGCUAUUCAGUUUGGAGCUAAAAGUGCCAAGUUGGAACUUGGUCAGAGUAAGACAAAAGGUACCGAUAAUUUGCUGUAA